ACGCGUUUUCAAUCCGAGCUUGCUGUGUCGCCGUGAGUCCCCCCGGGCGGCAGGGGGCGCUCUCUCACGGGCUCGGCGCGCUCGCUGGCGGCGCGCUGUGUGUUUGUGCAACUGGGACAAAGAUGGCGGACAGCAGCGGCUACGAGUCGGUGAUCUGUGUGAAGCCGGAGGUUCACGUCUAUCGCAUCCCGCCCAGGACCUCCAACCGCGGGUACAGGGCGGCCGACUGGAAGCUGGAUGAGCCGGCCUGGACGGGCCGCAUGAGGAUCACCUCCAAGGGGAAGAUGGCCUAUAUCAGACUGGAGGACANNNCCCCAGGGGAGCUGUUUGCCCAGGCGCCAGUGGAGCAGUACCCCGGCAUCGCAGUGGAGGGCGUCGCCGACUCCAGCCGCUAUUUUGUGGUGCGGAUUGAGGAUGGCAGUGGGCGCCACGCGUUCAUUGGGAUCGGGUUUGCGGAUCGUGGCGACUCCUUCGACUUCAAUGUGGCUCUGCAGGACCACUUCAAGUGGGUGCGGAAGGAGGGGGAACUGGCCCGGGAGGAAGCCAGUCAGAGCUCUGUGCCCAAGCUGGACCUGGGCUUCAAGGAGGGGCAGACCAUCAAGAUCAACAUCGGGAACAUGAAGAGGAAGGAGAAGGAUGGGGCUCCUGCCGCGGCCAGGUCUCGCCCAGCUGGCAGCGGGCUGCUGCCCCCACCCCCAGGGGUGAAGGGGGCUGGGUCCCACCCCACUCCAGGAGCAGAGGCAGUACAGCCCCCCAGCACAGAUUUUGACCUGGGGCCCCCCACAGUGCAGCCCAGCGGCGGGACAUCAGGUGACCUCUGGGGUGACUUCACCGCAGCCCCCAGCUCCGGCUCCAGUCAGGACUCUUUCGGCCCAGGAUGGGUGCAGUUCUAACGCCCCUCCCUCCUCACCCAUCUCUCCAUCUCCUUGCCUUCCUCCUGUCACCUCCCUCUUUCUCCUCCUCUCAAGCCUACAUUCCCAGAGGAUAAGGAGGGAGGGGGGCAGUCGACACUCUGGCCCUCGUGCUGCCCCCCCAGUGGGCUGAACCAGGAAGAGCCUGUGAAUCGAGAGGACCCAAGAUCCUCAGGUUGGGGCCGUAGCAGAGGACAAGCGCUCACCUGUCCAGCCCACCUGGCGUUCAUGUACCCAGUGAUGGCUUUUAGUAAUGGUAAUAAUUCCUGUGUUUAUAUAGUGCCUUGCAUCCCAAAGAAUCUCAAAGUGCUUUACUUGUGGAAGGAGACCCACUUCAUCCCCACUGCAGUGCAGAGAGAAACUGCCGCACCAGCUGAAUGAACAGAGAACUCUAGGAAAACCAGCCUGGACAGGAAUUUGACCAGGACUCUGGGGAUAAAACCCUACUGUAGGAACGGUCAUGGGAUCCUUAAUGACCAGGUAGUCAGGACGUCAGCUGUAGCGCCUCCUACAGUGUAGUGUCCCGGGUCACCGCACUGGGGCAUCGGUAUGGUCCAGAGGGAAGAGCGCCCCCUACUGGUCCAGCUAUGGCUAUCACAGCAACAUCCUGGCUUUCCUUCGAGGUCUCCCGCCCUGUCCUGCCCAGGCCCAGCGCUGCGGAGCUCCAGGGCUCUUUAACUGCCGACCAGCUCUGUGUGUUUCUGCCCUCUUUCUCCGUGGCUGUUUUUACUGCCUGUUCUCCUGCCCCCCCCCCCCUUCACAUUCCACGGGGGCCGGAGUGGCGACAGACCUCGUCUCUGCGGGACCCAGCUUCAGCCAAGUUCUGAGGGCCAGACGCGUCACACAGACAGCUGCUCCUCCGUCAGGCCAGGAGGCGCCUGCCAGGCACAGGCACAGCCCUGGAGCAGCAGGGAAACAGCAACGUGCUGCUCUGUGUGUACUGGAUAUGUGUGUAUCUGCCCCCAUGUCUAUCUGCCCCCUGUCUGUAUCUGCCCCCUGUGGAUCUGCUCUACCUUAGAGGAAGAGGGGGAUUCUGGGAUGGGAUGAUGCUGAGGUCAAUUGAGGAAAUAGGAGCCCUUUCGGUUACGUAAUAGGCAAACAAGCAUUGAUUGUGUAAAUGGGGAUCAAUUAAGAAAUUAAAAUUCAGUUACUUAAUGAUGGACGGGUUACAGUAUCGAUAGGACUGGUGCCCUGUACUGGACAGGACUGGAUGUGCCUGGUGUCACUGGAUGUGUCCUUUCUGCGGAGCUGCUGCUGUGACUGCGUGUCAGUGAGACUCCGGUCCGCAGCUGGCUGGUCUGCUCCGGGUUCUCCACACUGCCAGGCUCUGCUGAUCUGCACAGAAUAUGUCUUGAUUUUUUUUUUGUUAUUGUCAUUUUGCAAGGAAGAGCUAGUUUAUGAUAUUUUGUUACAUUUAUACAUAUUUUUCUCAUUGGAGUGUGUGUGUGAAUUCAGACAGUGCAGAUAAUCUUUUUUUACUUUUGUAAUGCAUGAAAAAUUGGGGAGUGGGGAGGACCAGCAGUGACCGCGCUGGGCCCUGCAACUGACCACACGCUGCACACUUCCUCGGUAAGGAGAACGUGUCCAUCUUUAAUACUGGGGUCAACACCCCAAGAGGAAGGAUCUGUCUCCUACUCCUUUAUAAGUGCAGCCUGUCCCAGAAUCCCAGUGAUCCGCUUUCCGAACAGUCCCGCAGAUCCAGGGGCUGUCAGUGAGGUGUUGGAUGUUUUUCUGUCUUUGUAAAGUGUCCUUAUUCUGCACCGCCCUGCCCUGCAGAGGCGUCCUCUCUGGGCCUGUGGGGGGCGGGAGAGGAGCCUCUCUAAGUGCCUUCUGUCGUUACAAACCAGCCGUUUGAAUGUAAAACUGUUCUUUGUAAAUAAAGAUUUUGUUUUACCUGUCAA